AUGGCGGACCAGUCGCACCUCCCAAGCUCCGCCAGCGACGAAGCACCGCCCAACCCAACAGAGCCAUAUCAGCCAUUCCUCGACAUGAAACCACCCGUCGACGCGCCGAUCAGCUCCGCGAACGGGACCCUGGUUUCCGGGUCCGAGAAGGAGAAAGAACUCGAGUCCGACUCUAUGCGCGCCGACCGCGAAGCAACCCCCGAACCGGAUGACUUCCACAUCGAGUUCCCCGCAGGCCUGCCGACGCCGCCGUUCGUGCACGUGCAGGGCGUGCCGAAUUUCAGAGAUCUUGGCGGGUACCGGUGCUCACCGCCCUCGUCGGCGUCAUCGUCCGACGAAGGCAAGACGAUCUACACGCUCCGCCGCGGCGUGCUCUUCCGCUGCGCACACCCGACCCACCUCACCCCGAAAGGUCUGUCCACGCUCACCACCACCCUGGGAAUCUCCAAAAUGUACGACCUGCGCAGCGGACCCGAGAUCUCUCGGCUGGCCGCGACGGUCGCCAACAGCCCGGCCGACCUCUAUCCGCUCGCAGACCCCAACACCGGCACGAUCGAGUCGCACGGUGCGCCGGGCCUCGAACGCGUCUUUGUGCCCGUGUACCAGAACGAGGACUACGGGCCGGUCGCGCUCGCGCGCAAGCUGCAGUGGUACACGGACACGCACAAGCACGACGAGGAGCGCGGGUUCGAGUAUUCCGAGGGCUUCGUGAAGGCGUACCGCGACAUCGCGACGCACGGCGCGGCCGCCUACACGGCGAUCUUCCGGCAGCUGUUGGCGAACGCGGCGAACGAGCAGAAACACGGCCAGGGCUUGAUCUUCCACUGCACGGCGGGCAAAGACCGCACGGGCGUGCUCGGCGCCCUGAUCCACAAGCUCGUCGGCGUGGACGAGGACACCAUCUGCUGGGAAUACGCGCUCACGGAGCCCGGGCUGGGGAAGUGGCGCGACCAGUUCAUGCAGCGCAUCUCCGCGAGUGGCCUGGGCGGCGGCGGCGGCAAGCCAGCCAGCCCCGAGAAGAUCUACACCGGAGACCGCCAGGCCGUGUCGCGCGAGGAGGCAGCGCGCAUCUGCGGCAGCCGCGCCGGCAACAUGCGCGCGUGGUUGGACCAGGUGCUGCAGCGCGAGUUUGGCGGCGUCGAGCGGUACUUGACCGAGAAGUGCGGCUUGACCGCCGACGAGGUCGUGACGCUCAGGGACUACUUGGUUGUGUCGGUCGGGGCGGACGACGACGUCGUCAAGGUGAGCUCCAUCGAGGGCUGGACCCCGGACGGUGGUGUUGUUGAUUGA